UGUUUACGAGUACCAGGGAUUCCUACGGAAAGGAUGUUCGUCGAUUCGACACGGGAGAAGACAUGUUCGAGCUAUACGGCACGAAGGAUUCCAUGGUGUAUCGGUCGCCGCCGCCGCGGCGGAAAGAGGUCGACAUCCUGGAGACAUGUCUCCGUCUGACGUCCCCGGAAUUAACGAGGAAAUUGCCGAACGGCGACACUCCGCACCACGCAAAGGACAUGACACCAACGACUUUAAUUGCUGCGACGACGGCGACCUCGGCAGAAUCUUCGGGAAAGAACAAGGGACAACCCAGAGAGCGUGGUCGCAAUCUGGGAAGAAGAUGUCUGGUCUCGGUGGGUCUGUUUUUCCUGGGGUGCGCCCUGGUCGCAGGAGUGGGCCUGCCCUUAGCUCUGGAGCUAAGGAGUUCCCACCUGCUGGAGGCCAGGCUGCAGGUCGUCAGGAGGAUCGUCUCGGAUACGCCCCUGAUCGACGGGCACAACGAUUUCGCCUGGAACCUCAGGAGCCACCAAGGAGGCGCUCGACUGGGAGGAUUUCCCUUCCAGGAAGAUCUAUCUCAAAACUCGUCAUGGGGCUCGGGGUGGCAGACGGACCUGGUUCGACUUCGCCGUGGAAUCGUCGGGGCACAGUUUUGGUCCGCCUACGUGCCUUGCGAGGCCCAAUUUUUAGACGCGGUCCAGCUCACCCUGGAGCAGAUCGACCUCGUCCGCCGGCUCGCGUCCAAGUACAAGUCGAGCAUGAGACUCGUCACCUCCAGCGAGGAGCUCGAAAAGGCCCAUAAGGAGGGUGCCGUGGCUAGCUUGGUGGGCAUCGAGGGUGGGCACAGCAUAGGCGCGUCCAUGGCCGUGCUCAGGACCUUUCACCUCCUCGGGGCACGUUACAUGACGCUCACCCACCGAUGCAACACGCCUUGGGCGGACUCCUGCUCGGUAGAGGACCCAAACGAGGACGCGCCGCUGGAUUUCCACAGCGAUGGACUGUCCACCUUCGGCAGGGCAGUCGUCAGAGAGCUCAACAGACUAGGGAUGCUGGUGGACCUGUCCCACGUCUCCGUGUCCACCAUGAGAGCCGCUCUGAGGGUCAGCAGAGCACCCGUCGUCUUUUCGCACAGUGCGGCCAGGAGCCUCUGCAACUCCUCCAGCAACGUGCCGGACGAUGUCCUCCGAAACUUGUCCCUCAACGGAGGCUUGGUGAUGGUCAGCUUCGACAGCGCUCAUCUCAGUUGCGGGGCCAAAGCAUCCAUGUACGACGUCAUAGCUCAUAUCAAUCACAUACGAAGAACCGCCGGCGUCAAUCACGUCGGCUUGGGAGCUGGUUACGACGGCAUGACUAGUGGCCCGCCUGCGGAACUUCCGGACGUCUCCGGAUACCCGUUCCUGCUGGCCGAGUUGACGAGGGACCGAAGAUGGUCAGCCUCGGACAUCAAGAAGCUCGUCGGAGGGAACUUGCUGAGGGUUCUGAAAGAGGUGGAGGCCCUUGCCUCGUCCCUUUCCGGUCAGCCUCCGGCGGAGGAGUGGAUCUCCCAGGACCUCAUCGAGGAUACUUCCUACUGCAGAUACCAAGACUCCUGAAGACUCUAAGUCGACGCUGGAUUUUUAUCGCGAAUUUUUUUACAUCCCGCGAGGAGGAUGGAAUAACGCGAGGGGCUUCCCCAGCUCCGUUCGAGAGCUCCCGGCGGCCUUUAAGUGUUCUAUAUUGACGUUUUAACGUUCAGGUUUUUAAUAAAAAUUAUCGAGACACGUAUGUGGACUGGAGCGAGGUCGUCACGUUCCAAGAACCCCGGUAAUUCCAUCCU